UGGGGGACACGUGGCCCUAGUUUCCAUGUACCUGGAGAGAAGUGUUAUAUAUGCAAGUCUUUGUGGCAGCCACCAUCGUUAACCUUAACACACACAGCACCAACACCAACACUCCUCCAUCUUCAUCUUCAAAACCACACUCUUUCAACACUCUCCACUGUUGCAUGAUCCAGCAUCAAUGGCCUCGGCAUGUGUGAACAACCUCCCAGAGCCCUUCCUCCCAUGGCUCCCCACAACCUCCCCUGACCCAGACGACUUCGAGUUCCCCCUUGACCCACCUGCCACCAUGCUCCCCGCCGACCAGCUCUUCUCCGACGGGAAACUCCUCCCCCUCCACCUCAAACCCCCUACCCCCAAAUCACCAUCCUACACCGCCGCCGCCAUCACCACCACCACCUCCACCUCCACCACUGACCCUUACCUCUUCUCCCCAAAAGCUCCCCGCUGCUCCUCCCGCUGGAAAGACCUCCUCGGCCUCAAGAAACUCUACCCCACCACCACCACCUCCAAAACCCAACCUUCCACGAAAUCCCUCAAAAACCUCCUCCACCACCGCACCACCCCCAAAUCCACCUCCGAAAACGCCCCCUUACUCUCCGACUCCGAAUCCCUCUCCCUCUCCUCGCGCCUCUCCCUCUCCUCCUCCUCCUCCUCCCACGACCACGACGACCUCCCUCGCCUCUCCCUCGACUCCGAAAAACCAAACCCUAACCCUAACAUUUCAAUCCACCGAAACCCUAACCCUAACCAUACAUCUAACCCUAACCCUAACCCUAACCCUAGAAUCCGCCUGGUGAAGCCCCGCGCCGCGUCCUUCGACUCAAACAAGUCCCAAUCGGACCUCCCCGCGCGCCCGGGGCGGAGCCCGAUCCGGCGGGACUCCGACGCGGUGGUGUCGAGGGGAGUGUCCGUGGACAGCCCGAGGAUGAACUCCUCCGGGAAGAUCGUGUUCCAGAGCCUGGAACGGAGCUCGAGCAGCCCCAGCACGUUCAACGGCGGGCCGCGGUUCAAGCACCGCGGAAUGGAGCGGUCGUAUUCGGCGAACGUUAGGGUUACGCCGGUUCUGAACGUUCCGGUUUGUUCCCUGAAAACCGGUUCGGUUUUCGGGUUCGGACAACUCUUCUCGUCGCCGCAGAAGAGAGAGAACAAGGGGCACCAGAGUGGGAGGACUCGGAAUUGACGGGAAUGCCCCUGUUUAAAAAGGGUAACCAGUAACACAACCGAUUCACUACCCCCUUUUUUUUUUUUUUACCUUUUUUUGCCACUCUGUUGUCUAAUCUCGGAAUGGAAAUAUUGCAGGAGAAGUUGUUUGGGGUUGGGGGGUGGUUGAUUUUAUUUCAUUUUCUUGACUUUUUUUUUAUUUUAAAUUAAUGUAAAUACGCGAGGUGGGCUGGGCUGGGCUCUGUUGUUGUGAUGAAAAAUGGAAUCAUGAAAAUGAUGGUAAAGAAGAGAUCCAUUUACUGUUUAACAUUUUCUUCAUUUAGUUUUUUAUUUUUAUUUAAUAAUGGAGAAAUGGAUUUCUUUUUGCUAGUGAAAUAUUUCGAGAUCUGUGGAGGGAACAUGUUGAGUUUAUCUAAGUUUUCUUAUUC